AUGGCAGACGUGACAGAAAGCGUGCAGCCUCCUGUUGAUGCAGAGGCUAUUCCUACUAUCCCUCCAAUUGAGGAUCCCUUGGCUGUUUUACAAAAAGAGCUCGACCAGUUGAAACAUGCGCAGACCGAUGCCAAAGCUAAAUCGGAUGCCAUUCAGAAAGAGUUACAGCUAUGUAAAGCACAAAUUUUGACAAUGACUUCCCAAGCUGAAAAGGAUCGUCACGAAAUUGCUGCCUUGAAGACUCAAGUAGAGAAGGACAAGGUUGAUAUUACAGCACUCAAGAGCAACCUGGACAAGGAGAAGGCGGAAUGUACAAGACUGGCUAAGGAGAAAGCCGCCGAAGACACAUCUCACAAGAAGGAAAAGCUCAACUUGGAGCGUGACAAGUCUAAUUUAGAUAAAGAGCUGAAAAAAGUCAAUGCUGUCAUCGCCAAGGACAAGAACAAACUAGCAUUGCAAGAAUGUAUGGCAGAGUUGAACAAAUUGAAGGGUGAAUUGGAGCUGAUGGCAGAUCAGAAACACCAGAACGAUGCGCUCAAAGAACAGCUCCAUUCGAUUGCUGCUUCUGGAGAUGCUUCACGUAGAAAGGUUGAAGAAAAACUCGCAUUAGCUCUAAAUCAAUUACAAGCCCUAAAGGACGGGCGUCAACUGUCUGCUUCUGUAUUGGAUGACGGCUCCACGCUCAACUUGACCAACGAGACCAGUCGUGUUGCAGAAUUGGAAGUAGCUUUGGCCCAAGCAAGAGCUGAAAAGCAAGGCGCCGAAACCAGACAAGCUGAAAUGGCAGCAAAUGUCAAAUCUUCAGCUUUACAGGACCAAUUAAUCAAACAGGCCAAUGCCGAAAUUGAGAAAUUGACUGAGGAACGUGAUGAACUGAGAGCCAAACUUAAUCCAACAGCUGCUGCUGCAUCAUCUACAUCACAGCCUGUCGAUGAUCCAAGUCAAAAACUCAAUGGAUACUUGUCUGUCUUUAAGAAGGCAAUGUUCACCAACACACCCGCCGCUUCGACUACUUCGGCACAAAAGUCGAAUGACAGUUUAGCCCAAUCCUCCACCCUUGAGAACAAGUCUACCAUGUCUAUAAAUGGUCAGGGCACCGAUAAACCUGUCGCAGGCCUUACCAAUGAACAGAUCGAUGCUCGAUUAAGUACAGCAAAUACGCGAAUUGCAGAACUAGAGUCAUUGAUAGUUGUAGAGAAGGAGAAACUUGAAAGAUCUGGCAAGAUAUCUAAAGAGCUCCAAGAACGUGUCGACACUUUGCAAAAAGAAAGCGUGUUGCUAGAAGAACAGGCUCACAGAAUAACGGAGCUUGAGCACCAACUGUCUGUUGCGAAGACCUCCACUCAGCCCACAUCAGCAGCCGUCGACCAACACCUAUCGUCGGUCUCUGAAUCAGAAAGAAAAGCUCUCCAAAGUCAACUAGCUGAAACGAACGCCAAACUCACCAGCCAUAUCACCAUGCUCCACGAUAAAUCACGACAGUUGGCAGAGCUCGAAUCCGAACUCGGUAAAAAAACCGAGCAAUUGACGUCACUUUCCGAGGAAUCUGCCAGUCGAUUGGCACAAAUCGAAACACUCUCGAAGACCCUAUCGGCUCGCGAAAUGGAGUUGGAAUCAACAAAACGAGAAUUAUCAGCAGCAGCAAGUCAAGUAUCGACCACACAGGCUGAUCUGGUAUCAGCUAGACAGCAAAACACUUUGUUAGAAGUCAAAAUUACAACCCUUCAGCAAGACCUCCCCUCGUACAGCAAAAACGGUGACCAAGACUCUUUACUGGAUGCAGCGAGACAACAAAUUAUUACCUUACAAUCAGAAAUCGGCACUUUGAAGAGUGAAAUUGAAGCUCUCAAGGUCGACUUGCAAGCUUCAACUUCUCAGUUGGAAGCUUUACGAAACACCUCUCGUCAGACAACAGAAGCUGCGGAGAAGAAAUCUGAAAGCGCUUCUCAAGAAUUGAUCAAGGCUUCAGAACAUGGAAAGGCCCUCCAACUGGAACUGGAGGCUGCUAAAUCAGAAACCAGUCUGCUCGCCCAAACCGUCGCAACCUUAAGAACGGAGGUCGAGACACUCCAAUCCAGUCAAGGGGCCACCGAGCCAGCAUUAGACGCAUCUCGGCAACAGAUUGUUGCUCUUCAACAACAAAUAGAAGUUGGCAAUAGUAAAGUCAGUAGCCUACAGUCUGAGCUAGAAGCAGCCAAGCACCAAAUUGAAUUGUCUCAGCAACAAGUCGAAGUGGGCAAUAGUAACGUCAAAUGUCUACAAUCCGAGCUGGAAGUCGCGAGGGCCCAAAUUGAAUCGGCUCAAAAUGUUUCUCAAGAUCAAGCAUCAGUAACAUCAGGCAAAAUCGAUGCUUUACAGGCAGAGUUAGAGUCUACUAGAAGCCAAAUGGAAUCGUCUCAAGAGGCAUCUCAAGAGCAAUUAUCGAUAGCAUCAGGCAAAAUCGACGCUCUACAAGUAGAGCUAGAAACAGCUAGAACCCAAAACUCUUCAUUGACCAACACUGUCAGCUCGCUACAAAAGGAGCUGGAUUCUUUGAUGGCUAGUCAUGGCGCUGCUGAACCUGAGCUUGAAGCUGCUCGUCAUCAUAUCGCUUCACUUCGGGCUGAAGUUGAAGGCUUGAAUUCGCAGAUAGCUCAACUUCAAUCUGAAAUCGUGGUAUCGAAGCGUCAAGUGGAAGUCUCGAACAAGGAUUGUGAAUCUGCUAAACUUCAAGUAGAGAGUCUCCAAAAAGAGUUGGAGUCGAGUCGUAACGCCAGCCAUGCACAGCUAGAAGCAGCUGAACAGCAAUCCAAGUCGUUCAGAGCUGAAGCUGAAACCUUACAGCAAAAGCUCCUAGCCUCGGCUGCCGAAAUCACGGAAUUCAAAUCUCGGCUCGAAUCUCUUCAGCAAACUCUCGAGUCUCGUCAAAGGGAUUGGGAUUCUUCUCAAACAUUGCAAAAGGACAUUCAACAUCAGCUUCAAACCGCCAAAACCGAUCUCGAAUCCAAAGAUCAAGCCAUAAAAUCCGCCCAACAAGACCUGCAAGUUGCUCAACAAAAUGCAACCUCCAACGAAACUGCUCUCAAGGCCGCCAAAACAGAAGUCGAGACGCUGAAAAAGUCUAUCGAGACAGUAAACCAAACUCUUCAAUCUCGACAAAAGGAGCUCGAGACUGCCAAGUCUGAAGCAGCAGAAGCCAAGAAACAUCUAGAGACAUUCAAGAGUGAUGCAUCAACAUCCAAGAGUGUCGCUGAUACCAACAGGAAGGAAAUCGAAACAAAAUUGGUUGAACUCGAUGCGGCAAAAGUAAAGGCCAUACAAGCUAAAGAUGCCGCUGAACUACAAGUGAAGACUCUGAACGGACUUGUUGCUCAAGCUCAGGCCGAAUCCACGAAACUGAAAAAGGAACGAGCCGAGUUGGAUGAAAAGAUCAAGAAGGAUAAGCUGGUUCUUGAAGAAACUCAAAAGAAGACAUUGCUUGCUUCUGAAGAAGCUCACAAGAAGGCAAUUGCCACUUCAGAAGAAAAUCACAAGAAGGAGAAACUAGGAUGGGAAGAUGCUCUGAAAACCACAAAGCAAGCUUGGGAAAAAGAGAAGGCGGCACUGGAUGAAACUGCGAAGAAAAAUGCUGCCAAAGCUACUGAAGAAAAAACCAAGAUGCAAGCUGACUUAGAAAAGGCAUUGAAGGAUCUCAAGGCUGAGCAGGCCAACAAAUCUGAAGGACUGAGAAAGUUGGAAAAAGAUAUUGCGACCAAGACUGAAGAAGCCAGUACCGCCAUGUCUAAGCUAAAAGCCUUGGAAUUCGAAAUCACAACUCUCCGAGCCGAAACUGCCAAGACCACUGAAGAGCUCCGUCAUCAACUAAAAGAAGCCGAAUCUCAUGCUGCAGGACGUACUGAACUCUCUCAAGAAAUCGCCAACCUAAAAGAGCAAAUCACCACCCUUCAAUCUAAACACGAUGUACUUGCCCAAGAAUUGGAAGUCUCUGAAACAGCUCGUGAACGAGCAUCCAAAACGGCCCUCGAAAAGGAAGAGAUUGUUAAGAAGGCUCGUAAUCGUAUCGACGAACUAGCUAAAACAGAGACCCUCAACAAAAGGGCCAUCAAGGAAGCCGAGAAACAACGUGAUGAGGCCAAAGAAGAAGUUUCUAAAGCUGCUGAAGCACGUAUGGCGCUGCACAAGGAUAUUGAAGAGUUGCAAAAGAAGCUUGAUGAUGGGUCGGUUAGUCAAAAUCAACGAGUCACUGAAUUGGAAACCAGCAUUGCGUCGUUGGAAGAACAAAAGGCUGCUUUGGAAAAGAAGUUGGGCGAUAAGGAGGGUGAAAUGAAGAUUUUGGAGCGAAAGAGUGCUCAAGUUGUCAAGGAUUUACAAAAGCAGUUGAACAGAGAACGUAAAGGCCAGACACACCACAAGGAAGGCUCUGGAGAGAGUCAAGAGAAUCUUGCUGGCACCGACGGAGGCUUCCACCACUCACACGCACGCAGCGUAUCCGUCGACCUAAACCGCUCAAAGACAAGUCCAACCCGUACCUCAGACGCCAUACGAGCCGAUCAAGAAAUCCAACAUGCUAUGUCUGACAACGAAUCCCUACAACAACGAGCUGCUCAUGCCGAAGAAGAGUUGAAAAACACUCGUCAGCUGGUAUCUAAACUCGGAGUUGAAUUGGAUCAAAAGUCGAAAAUGAUUCAGCAGUAUAUUCUUCGUGAUCAUUCGUCUAAAUUGAUACCUGAUGAGAGACCACCUAGUGGAAGGACAUUCAACCUCAACAUCUUCUCAUCUGCCGCUGCUAUGCAAAAGCUAGAUCCUGCUGUCUUGUCUCAAGUCAAUAUCAAGAUGCAGAAGCUGCUUGAGGAACUCACGGCAAAGAUGAUGAACAUGGAAGAAGACAUGAAAAAACUCAAAUCACAACACCCUGAAACAUCAGAAAUAGUCUCUUCAGCACCAGCAUCGCCACAAUGA